AUGAAGCUUCCCCAGCCCCUUCCUCCAGUCUAUAAGAAGCUUCCCCAGCCCCUUCCUCCAGUCUAUAAGAAGCUUCCCGGCCCCUUCCUUCAGUCUUCCAGUUCAUACGAAGGUUCCCAGCCCCUUGCUCUAGUCUAUAAGAAGCUUCCCCAGCCCCUUCCUCCUGUCUUUCAGUUCAUACGAAGUUUCCCCAGCCCCUUCCUCCAGUCUAUAAGAAGCUUCCCCAGCCCCUUCCUUCAGUCUUCCAGUUCAUACGAAGCUUCCCCAGACCCUUCCUCCUGUCUUCCAGUUCAUACGAAGUUUCCCCAGCCCCUUCCUCCAGUCUAUAAGAAGCUUCCCAGCCCCUUCCUUCAGUCUUCCAGUUCAUACGAAGCUUCCCCAGACCCUUCCUCCUUUCAUACGAAGCUUCCCCAGCCCCUUCCUCCAGUCUAUAAGAAGCUUCCCCAGCCCCUUCCUUCAGUCUAUACGAAGCUGCCCCAGCCCCUUCCUCCAGUCUACAAGAAGCUUCCCCAGCCCCUUCCUCCAGUCUAUACGAAGCUUCCCCAGCCCCUUCCUCCAGUCUAUAAGAAGCUUCCCCAGCCUCUUCCUCCUGUCUAUAAGAAGCUUCCCCAGCCCCUUCCUCCUGUCUAUAAGAAGCUUCCCCUGCCCCUUCCUCCUGUCUUCCAGUUCAUACGAAGCUUCUCCAGCUCCUUCCUCCAGUCUAUAAGAAGCUUCCCCAGCCCCUUCCGCCAGUCUAUAAGAAGCUUCCCCAGCCCCUUCCUCCAGUCUAUAAGAAGCUUCCCCAGCCCCUUCCUUCAGUCUUCCAGUUCAUACGAAGCUUCCCCAGCCCCUUCCUCCAGUCUAUAA